AGAUGACCUAUUCUUAUUGAAGCAACUUUUGCCAAUGUAGGUGUGAGUAUCAUUAACUUUGGUGCAAGCAGUCCCAGAGAUCAGAAUCGGCGCCCUUCUCCGCGCAUUGGAUAUCCAACCGAGGCUUGAGCAUCGCUUUUCCAAGAAAUGACCGCGCACCAUUCUGAGAUCGAACGCGGACGGAUCUUUUUCUUGUCCAGAGGUUCGUGAUUGCUUGAAGGGAGAAGAUGCCAAGAUCGGGAAGUUCCCGCUCGGGAACCCAAGGCCUGGACGGGGCGGAGGAGUACCUAUCCAUGCUUUUUGAUGUUUGCAAAUUGGAGGAUGGAAAAGGCUGCGUGAAAAAGCUUUUGGAGGAACUGGCCAGAACGGGUAUUCGAGGCAAGGAUCCAAGAUUGAAUAACAUGAUGCGUAUGUUGGAUAAUCUGAAGCCGCAUGCAUUGAAAACCGUGGAAAAAUUGAAGCUGGAUCCCAUCACUUUCAAGAGUGUGGUGGGUGAGAACAUUGUGCUCAUUACCAAGGCCUUCCGCAAUCAAAUGGUCAUCCCUGCUUUUGAGACCUUCUGCGAUAACAUCACCGAGAUUUACGAAAAGUGCAAACCAUUAAAUCAAGGCAAGAUCUUUGAUGCCAUUCCACAAUUGGCUGAAGCGUCCAGAGAGAAAUGGGGUAUUUCUAUUUGCACUGUGGAUGGACAACGAUUUUCCAUUGGAGAUGUCACAGAACAUGUUUCUAUUCAAGCUUUGAGCAAACCCAUUACCUAUGCCGUAACCAUGAGUGAGUUGGGCACCGACAUCGUUCACAAAUACCAAGGGAAGGAACCAUCCGGACGAAAGACGAACGAAAUUGUUCUUGAUUUCAACAAUAAACCUCAUAAUCCCUUGAUCAAUUCUGGCGGCUUGGUCUCGGCUUCCUUGAUCCUUCAAAUGGUGAAACCAGAGUUACAAGACAUGGCUCAAAAGUACGACUACCUCUUUAGCUUGUUCGAGAAAAUGUGCGGUGGAGAAGUGGUCGAAUUCAAUAACUCCAUUUUUCUGGCGGAAAGAGCCUCUAUCGACCGAGACUACGCUCUGGCUUACUUCAUGCGAGAGAACAAAUGCUUCCCGCCCGAUGCCAACAUCAAAAACAUCUUGGAGUUCUACUUCCAAACUUGUGCCUUAGAAAUGACUUGCGACAGCAACUCGGUUAUGGCUGCGACUUUGGCCAAUAAUGGGACUUGUCCCGUCAGUGGUGAAAAAAUCCUGAGCCAAGAUGCCGUCUCCAAUACGUUAUCUUUGAUGUACAGUUGCGGAAUGUCCAUUUUCUCGGGUCAAUUUGCCUUCCAGUGUGGCCUUCCCGCCACAUCCUCUGUGAGUGGACUCGUGAUGUUGGUCAUUCCACAAGUGAUGGGUAUCACCUUAUGGUCGCCACCUUUGGAUAAGGUGAACAACUCGGUGAGGGCCGUGCAAUUCUGUCAAGAGCUCCUGAAGAAAUACGCCUUUCAUCGAUUUGAUGGUGUGGGUCGAAUCAGCAUGAAAAUGGAUCCAACGCUGAAGAAACAACCCUCGACCAACGAUUUGCUCAGUCAAGUGCUGUUGGCUUGCGCUUCCGGAGACUUGCUCUUCGUCAAGAGGUGCUUGUUGCAAGAUUUUGACCUCAUGAUGCAUGAUUACGAUGGUCGAACCCCACUUCAUUUGGCUGCUGCAGAAGGUCAUCUGGAUUUGGUCAAGUUCUUAUUACAAGUCGUCCGGGUUUAUCCCGAUCCCAAAGACCGUUGGGAACAAACACCGUUGUCCGAGGCCGUGAGAUUUCAUCACAUCAAAGUGGCUCAGUUCCUGAAGGAGUUCAUCAAUAAUAACCCCAACCAAGGACUGGAUGGCGUGGAUGUCUUUGAGGGAUUAGACAGCGAUGAUUAUGAGGAAGGCAGUGGCAUCAAUGGUGUCAACGGGACCAACGGAACCAACGGCAUCAACGGCUACGACUCUGGACACAGCCCCCCUGACAACAAGGACACCUUGUUGAUUGCAGCCCGGAAUAGCCGACCGGACCUGGUGAAUGGCAAUAUUACCAUGAUUAAGGAAACCAUCAACGAAUACAAUGAAAAUAGGUCUGGCACCGAAGUCUGAACCUAAGUUUGUGUGUAUGUGUGUAACAAAAACGCAAUCAAUAUUCCACUAAUUCCAAUUUCUCGAAUGUAUAUCCGUGCCUAGGUUUAAGGACUAGAAUGCCAAUGAAUCGUAAAAGAAUUAUCAGACACAAUGAAAAAUGAAAUACACAAUUCUACUAUUCAUGAUCA